CGUCUCCCUCCGUCUCGCUUCCCCUCUGCGUUUGUUCGGCCGCCGACAAGAAGGGAAGCGGUGCGGUGUUUCCAUGCCUCUCGGCGACGUUUUCUCAGAGAAAAAGCCUCGAGACUAGGGUUUCUACUCGUUUCAAGAACGCAGGAUUCGUUGUCGAUCUCGGUUUCUUCACCUCCAACAACAAGGUGAGGUGCUAAGAGGUUAAUGCUGAAGAAACUCAAACACCAAAUUUCCAAAGCCAAACAAGCAACUGAAUAAUCUGGUUGGAGAACGAAUUAUCAGUCAGAGAUGCAGCACGAUGAGGUUAUCUGGCAAGUUAUUCGGCACAAUCAUUGUAGUUAUAUGGCCAAGAUUACCACUGGAAUAUUUUGUCGAAAUGAAUACAACGUAACAGGGAUUUGUAAUAGGAGCUCCUGCCCUCUGGCUAACAGCCGCUAUGCUACUAUCCGUGACCAUGAUGGUGUGUUCUACUUGUAUAUGAAAUCAAUAGAAAGGGCUCACAUGCCUGACAAAUUGUGGGAAAGAGUGAAGCUGCCGAGAAAUUACGAGAAGGCCCUUGAGAUUAUUGAUAAGCAUUUGAUGUAUUGGCCGAAAUUUCUUGUUCAUAAGACCAAGCAAAGGUUGACCAAAAUGACUCAAAUGCGCAUCCGAAUGAGGAAGCUUGCUCUGAAAACUAGGGAAAAGAUUAUGACGACACCGAGGAAAGAAAAGAAGAGAGAGGCUAGAAGGGAGGAAAAAGCGGAAAAGGCGGCUGUUUUGGAAAAGAAUAUUGAGAAAGAGCUAUUAGAACGCCUAAGGAAAGGAGUGUAUGGUGAUAUCUACAAUUAUCCUGUCAAAGAGUACGAAAAAGUCCUUGAGAUGGAUUCAUUGCAGGCUGCCAAUGAAGAUGAAGAGGAGGAACCUGAGAUAGAGUAUGUAGAAGGCUAUGAUGGACUUGAGGAAGAACUGGAAGAUGAUAUUGAAGAUUUUGGCGGUCUUGCUAUGAAUAGAGCUCGUGCAAUUGGUGACAAUAGUGAAGAUGAAGACGGUGAUGAAGAUGAAGAUGAUGAUGCAGAAGCUGACCGGAAGAGGGGAAGAAAAGAAUCCUCCUUGGCUUUAAGAAAGGUUGAGAAAGGUGAUGCUGGUUCUAAGCCCAAGAAAAGAGCUAAGGUUCUCGUUGAGGUAUUGAAUCAGUGCUGUGUCGGUCCAGGAUUAUUAACCCCACAGUAAGCAGCAAAUGCCCACGUAGAAUUCGAUUAGUUUUUCCUACUCUUCUUUGAGAUUUCUGUCUGAGAUGUCCAAAUGGCUAUUUUUGCGAACUAUACUGGUAACAAUUAUGAUAAUGAGAUUUGUAAAAGGUGAUUAUUAUG